GAUAACGGUAGGUUCAUUCAGGCCUUAUGGAAUAAAGUGAUGCCAUCAUCACCGUCACCUAGGGAUGUAUUAGGAAAGAGACGAAGUAUUGAUAUCAUUGCUAUCAUUCUUCAAAUAUUUUUGACUAACCAUCAAGCAUGGAAGAGCUUAUCACCAGAUGGAAAUCCUAUUUUCGAAUCUUAG